GCCUUGUUUACCGUAAAUCGACACUUCAUUUUUCGACGAAUUUCUCUGAUUUCUCACCUAUUUUCAUGGAUAUUGCCCCCAUUUUUCGUGAAAUUUUCGAUCAAUUCAGUUCUGACAAUAUAUAUCGCUCAUGGCACAAAAUAUCCCAGGAAAUUCGAAGCGGCGAUGAAAAAGAGCGCGUUUUCCGGUUGAUUGUGAAGAUUUCGAUGCAAAAACUUGAUACAUAUGAAGCUGGCAAGGAGGUAAAUCGUGAAAAUCCGCAAAUUUCGGCGCAAUUUCCCGAUUUUCUCUUCAAAUUUCUCCACGCUUUCCAAUUUCUGCCGUCAGAUCAGCAAACCUUUGCGAAUUCCAUGUUCUUGCUGAAAAUAAUCGAUUUAUUCGGUUCGGAAUGCCCGAAAAUUAUAAAUUUCUCUGAAAUUUCAUAUAUUUCGAGGCUUCUCGAGCUUGCCACUAACGUAUUAUUAAAGGAUUUAUUCGAAAACUCGGUGAAUUUAUACCCAAAAGACGGGAAAUUCAGGAAAAUCGGCGCCCGGGACCUGCUCGACGGAGUUGUGAUGUCAGAAGAGCCGGAAGAUGGGAAAUAUAAAGAAAAAUCGUUUUUAAAGAUGAAAACGAAGCUAAUGGAGCUCGAGCCACGUGGAAAUUCGGAUUUUGAGCGGAAAUAUUUGGAUUUUGAAUCUAAAAAUGUGUAAAUAGUACUAAAAUUUUAAUAAAACGGGUUUAUUUAUUG